AUGACCUCUGAAUUAUCCCACCUUGGCCAAUUUGACUAUGACAUCAGGAUCUACUCCCUCACACAGACCUCUGCUAACACAUCUAUCCCCAGGUCCACCACCCCUGACACCCCCCACCUUCCCUUUGUCCUCCAACAAUGCCUCCGGUCCCUCAACAAGAAGGGUGAACAAACUACCAACGAGGCGCUUGUCAUAGCAAGGGUCAAAUUCAAGCCCCUUGUCUUCUCCAGCGGGGGAAUGACAUCAAAGGGGACGGUGGAGGAGCUGCGACAAUGGGGAAGGAGAUUGGAAAGAAGGAUGUUGAGGCUCAAGGAAAGAAUUGGGCUUGAGCUGCUGAGGUGUUAUGGUUAUGUAAUGCCAAUGCACAACAAUACAAAACACCAAAAGGGAUACAUUGACUAUGCUUGA